AUGAAGUCUUCGCCUGCUACCGCCCUUGUCUGGCUGGCGGCGAGCUGCGGCUCUGUCUCUGCCGGCACCAUCGGUGGACCUGUAAAGGUCCAACAGCGACAGACGGAGCUUGCUUACUCCCCUCCGUUCUACCCCUCGCCAUGGAUGGACCCAGAGGCCGAUGGCUGGGCAGAUGCCUAUGCCCAGGCUAGAGACUUUGUCUCUCAGAUGACGCUCCUCGAGAAGGUCAACAUCACAACUGGAGUUGGCUGGGAGAGCGAAGUGUGUGUCGGCAACGUCGGUUCGGUGCCCCGUCUUGGUCUUCACAAGAACCUGUGCUUGCAGGACUCUCCUCUGGGCAUUCGUUUUGCGGACUGGGCCUCAGCGUUCCCCGCAGGACUUACGGCAGCAGCCACUUUUGACCGCGACCUGAUGUACAAGAGAGGCCUGGCCAUGGGCGAAGAGCAUAGGGGCAAAGGCAUCGACAUUCAGCUGGGCCCAGUCGCAGGCCCUAUUGGUCGUGCCCCUACUGGCGGCCGGAACUGGGAGGGUUUCUCUCCUGACCCAGUUCUGACCGGCGUCGGUAUGGCCGAAACGAUCAAGGGCAUUCAGGAUGCCGGUGUGAUUGCUUGUGCAAAGCAUUACAUCGCCAAUGAACAGGAGCAUUUCCGCCAAUCCGGCGAAGCACAAGGCUAUGGCUUCAACAUCACCGAGUCCAUGUCGUCCAACAUCGACGACAAGACCCUGCAUGAGCUGUACCUGUGGCCUUUUGCUGAUGCUGUCAAGGCCGGAGUCGGCUCUGUCAUGUGCUCCUAUCAGCAGAUCAACAACUCGUACGGCUGCCAGAACUCGAAGAUCAUGAACGAUAUCCUGAAGAAUGAGCUUGGUUUCCAAGGCUUCGUCAUGAGCGAUUGGGGUGCGCACCACACUGGUGUCGGCGCGGCUGUUGCUGGCUUGGACAUGUCCAUGCCUGGUGACACAGCCUUCAGCUCAGGUCUCUCGUUCUGGGGUACCAACUUGACUUUGGCCGUCUUGAACGGCACAAUGCCCCUGUACCGCCUUGACGAUAUGGCAAUGAGGAUCAUGGCCGCCUAUUUCAAGGUCGGUCGGACUGUCGACGAGCCUUAUCCCAACUUCUCCUCUUGGUCAAGGGAUACCUUUGGAUACGUACACGCUGGCGCCGAGGAAGGAUAUCAACAGAUUAACUUCCACGUCGACGUGAGAGGCGAACACGCGGCUCUGAUCCGAGAGGUUGCCGCGAAGGGAACUGUGCUGUUGAAAAAUACCGGUGCCCUCCCUCUGGACAAGCCCAGAUUUCUCGCAGUCAUCGGAGAAGACGCUGGGCCCAACCUCAACGGCCCAAAUGGGUGCGCCGACAGAGGUUGCGACAACGGAACUCUGGCUAUGGGAUGGGGGUCAGGAACUGCUGACUUCCCGUACCUCGUGACCCCAGACACUGCACUCCAGAACCAGGCGCUCGCGGACGGAAGCCGGUACGAGAGCAUCCUUGACAACUACGCAACUAGCCAGAUCGAGGCUCUAGUUGCGCAGACCUAUGCUACACCCAUUGUUUUCGUGAACGCCGACAGUGGAGAAGGCUACAUCAGCGUCGACGGUAACGAGGGCGACCGAAAUAACCUCACGCUGUGGCACAGCGGCGACGAGCUGAUCAAGAACGUGUCUAGCCUCAACAACAACACCAUCGUGGUUAUUCAUAGCGUCGGCCCUACUCUGCUUACUGAAUGGUACGACAACCCCAACAUCACUGCGAUUCUCUGGGCCGGUCUGCCCGGGCAGGAGUCAGGUAACUCGAUUGUCGACGUUCUCUACGGCAAGGUCAACCCAGCUGGCCGCACGCCUUUUACCUGGUGUGCCACACGCGAGAGCUACGGCACAGACGUCUUGUACGAGGCAAACAACGGGGAGGGCGCGCCGCAAGAUGACUUCACCGAGGGCACGUUCAUCGACUACCGCCACUUCGACAGGACCAACGCCACCCCAAUCUACGAGUUCGGCUUUGGAUUGAGCUACACGACCUUCGAGUAUGCGAACCUGAAUGUUGCUAAGGGCACCGCGGAUCCAUAUGUGCCAACCACAGGCUCUUCUCCCGCCGCCCCCAUCAUCGGAAGCUCCAACUACUCGACCAACUUGGAGGAUUAUGCCUUCCCCUCUGACCAGUUGGACUACGUUACCCGCUACAUCUACCCCUACCUCAACACCACCACCUCUGCCGCUGAGGCGAGCCAGGAUCCCUUCUACGGCCAGACGGCCGAGGAGUUCCUCCCUCCCAACGCAAUCUCCUCCGACCCCAUUGCCUUUGCCCCAGCCGGUGGCGCACCAGGCGGCAACCCGGGCCUGUACGAAGUGCUCUACACUGUCACUGCGGACAUCACCAACACCGGCUCCCUCGCAGGCGACGAGGUGCCCCAGCUGUACCUCUCCCUCGGCGGGCCGGACGACCCUCCGGUCGUGCUGCGUGGCUUCGACAGGCUCAGCCUCGAGCCCGGCGAGACGGCGACCUUCAGCGUGGACCUGACGCACCGUGACCUGAGCAACUGGGACACGGUGGCCCAGGACUGGGUCAUCUCCGACUUCCCCAAGACGGUGUAUGUCGGGCGGAGCAGCAGGAAGCUGGACCUGCAGGCUCCCCUGCCUUAG